CUUCGUGAGCGAUGAUUUAGUGCGCCGAAUAUGUAUGAAUGUGCUGCGGAAGGUAUCUGUGUGGUAUGCGGUUGUAAUUUUUACUUCUUCAAUGCUAGUGAUAUCGGAGUUCGGGUAAAAUAUGAAAGAAGAUAUCAGUGAUACCUAUUUAUGGAACUUUUAAGAAUACAGUGCUGCACUGUUUUAGACUGCUUGGACAUUUUAAGCAGUUAAAUGUGCACUGAUUCUGUACCCAACGUGUUGGCCUGGCCCUAAUGCAAAUGGGCUCAUCUAAAGAAGUGGAUGAAAUUGUAUAUUGAGAGCUAUUGAUCUCUGGACAGCACAUUGUGUGAUAACUGAAAAACCAUUAUUGUAUGACAACAUUCAAGAGCGGAGUGGAUGUGUCUCUAGUGCCGUAUUCCACCCUCCUAUGCAAGGAUGAGUGGUCGUCCACGUACUACUUCCAUGAUUGAAGGGAGCAGCCAAUCUCAAAAUCAGCACCACAAUUGGGGAAACGUCAAAGUCAGCAGCGCCGCCGCCAGUUGAUCAGCGCCUCUGACUGUUGCGCCGCGCGCCGCCACCUCCUCCUAGAGGCAGAGCGAGCGAGCGAGAGAGAGCGAUGGCAGGCAGAGAUGGAAACCAGCGGGUGACCACGGUAGUGGCCACCCCUGGCCAGGUGGGCUCCGACAAGCCGCACGAGGUCUCCUACUCGGACACAAAGGUGAUAGGCAAUGGAAGCUUCGGCGUGGUAUACCAGGCCAAGCUGUGCGACUCAGGCGAGCUCGUCGCAAUCAAAAAAGUGCUCCAAGACAAACGGUUCAAGAACCGUGAGCUCCAGAUAAUGAGGAAGCUCGAGCACUGUAACAUAGUUAAGUUGAAGUACUUUUUCUACUCCAGUGGAGACCAGAAGGACGAGGUGUACCUGAACCUGGUGCUCGAGUACAUCCCGGAGACGGUGUACAAGGUGUCGCGACACUACAGCCGCUCCAAGCAGACCAUACCCAUCAGCUUCAUCAAGCUGUACAUGUACCAGCUGUUCCGUUCGCUGGCCUACAUCCACUCGCUGGGUAUCUGCCACCGGGACAUCAAGCCACAGAACCUGCUGCUCGACCCCGAGUCGGGUGUGCUCAAACUGUGCGACUUCGGCAGUGCCAAGUGUCUACAGCCCGGCGAGGCGAACGUGUCGUACAUCUGCUCGCGCUACUACCGGGCGCCGGAACUCAUCUUCGGCGCGACCAACUACACGACCAACAUUGACGUGUGGAGCGCCGGCUGCGUGCUGGCCGAGCUGCUGCUGGGCCAGCCCAUCUUCCCCGGCGACAGCGGCGUCGACCAGCUGGUGGAGAUCAUCAAGGUGCUGGGAACGCCCACCCGCGAGCAGCUGGGAGAGAUGAACCCCAACUACACAGAGUUCAAGUUCCCGCAGAUCCGCGCCCACCCGUGGCAGAAGGUGUUCCGGGCACGGACGCCGCCGGAAGCCAUCGAUCUGGUGUCUCGACUGCUGCAGUACACGCCGACAAUGCGCACCACACCGCUGGAGGCGUGCGCCCAUGGCUUCUUCAACGAGCUGCGCCUGCCGCAGGCGCGCCUGCCCAGCGGCCGAGAGUUACCGCCGCUCUUCAACUUCAGCGACGAAGAGCUGAAGGCGAGUCCCUCUCUGGCGGCCACUCUGAUCCCGGCGCACGCGCGCGCCGGCACCAGCGCCGCCGAGCCGGACGGCGCGGCGCCGCCGGCCGAGCCGGCCGCCGCCUCCUCGUCCGGGGCCUCCGGCUCGGCCGCCACCUGACGCCGCUGAGCGCCGCCCCGCCCCCGCCCCCGCCCCCGCCCGAGCCGCGCCGCCGCCGCCGCCGGCCCGGCGCGGCGCGGAGCCAGAUGUGUCUGUGUUUGUGUGCGCGCGCGAGCAGGGUGCCGUGCGUCGUGCGCGCGGCUAACACUUGGAGCACAGGACCUCUCUGCCAGCGUACACUGCAAUAUCUCUGUAUCCAUCGGUAGUUGCCAUUUGUGUGUGUACCUGCGGGGCGCGGCCGAGUCUCCCCGCCUGCCGCGUGCCAUGGGCCCGCUCUCCGGGCCGACCCUCGCAGCCCGCCCGCCUGCCCACCCGCACGCGCGCGCGUGUGUGUUUUAUUUUCGCUGAUACGGCGUGAGCGCAACGCCCCGUUUUACAUUGCGUAGGGAGCCGUGAGGCGCGGCUCGCCGCUCACCGCCUCUAGAUAGGGGUUUUUGUAAUGCCGAAUCACUCGCCCCUCUAUCUCUCUCUCCCCCUUCUCGAGUCUCUCUCUUGACUUUCUUUCUGUAUAUCGCUCUGUAUUUGGCCGUCACUGUAUCUGGCUCUCUUGUUUCGGUCUGGUUUCUCGCGCUCUGUGACGCCGCGGUGGACCCAGCGGCUGGCGCCGACUGGCUGACGUGCCGCUGCCUGAGCCGAGAGAGAGAGAGAGUGAGAGAGGCCGACGGGUCGACACGGGCCCGCCGACCCGGCGCACGGCCGGCGCCACUAGCUAUGUGAUCCACAUUUUUAGUCUGGCGUCCUAUGUUGUAUCUUAAGCAUUAACACGACGAGCGGAGAAGCCGCGUUUGAGCGGGGAGCUGAGAGCGGGGCGCCGGGCCGGCCGCCGGCGCUGGCGCCGGGUCGGGGCGCCGCGCGCAGUGUGACCAGGGCUGGAGCGGUGCGCGCACCCGGCACGGCCGCGGCCGCCGCCGCCGCCACGGACCGCCUCUGAUCUUAACUCCCCAGCUGCGUGUGUCUGCGGCAAAUGGAGCGAGCCGGCAGCCUGUACAGAUAGAUGAUCCAUAAAUUUAAGAGCGGA